AUGAAAUCCUCAAAUAAAGACGAAGCGUCAACUUCCGAUCACGAUGAGGAAGAUGCUGCAGUUUAUAUUUAUGAUCGCCGGGCUGGUUGCAGGCCGGUUGAAAAGAUCCAAUUAGGCGGCAUUUUUAAUUUUGCCAGUUUCAAGGAAAAGACACGACAAGUAAGCAGUGGAGUUUGCUUUUUCUCUCUUAUGGUUAUUUUCGCCAAUAUUAAAUGACAGCCUCUUGUGUGGUUUAAAUUUCACACUUUUUUUCAGGCUUUUAGUAUACCAGAAAAUGAAAAGUUUGUAAUCGUGACCACCAAUCGUCAAGAAAUUUCUGAUGACAAGACCUACGGUACG